CCGGUUGGAGACGUGGCUUACGAUUCUGCCAUAUUGAGUCCGGGAGCAGAGCGCUGCACACAAUUAACUGUUUUGUUUAUCACCACGUAGCAUUUGUACAACUACACAAACGUUGCCUAGAAAGUAAAGCACAGAAGAAACAACAGAGACUGAAAAUGGUGCUGUUGGCAGCAGCAGUAUGCACCAAGGCGGGUAAGGCCCUGGUGUCGCGGCAGUUUGUGGAGAUGACGCGGACGCGAGUGGAGGGUCUGCUGGCUGCUUUCCCUAAGCUGAUGAACACAGGCAAGCAACAUACAUUCGUGGAGACCGAGAGCGUGCGCUACGUCUACCAGCCGCUGGAAAAACUCUACAUGGUGCUGGUCACCACUAAGAACAGUAAUAUACUGGAGGACCUGGAGACACUGCGUCUAUUCUCACGUGUGAUUCCCGAAUACUGUCGUGUGCUGGAGGAGAGCGAGAUUUCCGAGCACUGCUUUGACCUCAUCUUCGCCUUUGAUGAAAUUGUCGCACUCGGUUACAGAGAAAAUGUCAACCUGGCCCAGAUCCGAACAUUUACAGAGAUGGACUCUCAUGAGGAAAAGGUGUUCCGUGCCGUCCGAGAGACUCAGGAGCGUGAAGCUAAGGCAGAGAUGAGGAGAAAGGCUAAAGAGCUGCAGCAGAUACGGCGUGACUCCGAGCGUGGAAAGAAGGGGCCGGGCUUCGGUGGUUUUGGCAACUCUGGUAUGAGCAGCAGCAACACGACCAUCAUCACAGACACGCUGAUCGAACCCGAGAAACCUAAACCUAACCCUGUUCCCGUCAGGUCCAGUGGUUCAAGCAAAGCACUUAAACUGGUUGGCAAGGGAAAAGAGGUGGAUGACUUCGUGGACAAACUUAAGUCAGAGGGAGAGAACAUCAAUUUGCCCGGUACAGGCAAAAGACCUUCAGAUGCCUCAAAAUCUUUACCUGCUCCUGUCCACACAGAGAGUGUGCAUCUGCGAGUGGAGGAAAAGAUCACACUGACAUGUGGACGUGAUGGCGGCCUGCAGAACAUGGAAGUGAUUGGCAUGAUUACCCUCAGAGUGACUGAUGACAAGAAUGGCCGGAUUAGGCUGCAUGUAAACAAUAAUGACAAGAGAGGUGUCCAGUUACAGACACAUCCCAAUGUGGACAAAAAGCUUUUCACAUCCGAGUCCGUGAUUGGUCUGAAAAACCCAGACAAAUCAUUUCCUCUCAAAAGUGAUGUUGGUGUGCUGAAAUGGAGACUACAGACCACAGAUGAAUCUUUCAUACCAUUAACAAUAAACUGCUGGCCCUCCGAAAGUGGAACUGGCUGUGAUGUAAACAUUGAGUAUGAGUUACAGGAUGACUCUUUGGAACUUAACGAUGUUGUCAUCUCUAUCCCUGUACCAUCUGGGGUGGGAGCUCCUGUGAUUGGUGAUCUAGAUGGAGAAUAUCGUCAUGACAGCAGACGAAAUAUUCUGGAGUGGAGUCUGCCUGUGAUUGAUCUGAAAAAUAAGACCGGUAGCCUGGAGUUCAGCAUACCUGGCCAACCCAAUGACUUUUUCCCUGUCAAUGUCUCAUUUGUCUCCAAAGGCAGCUACUGUGACCUUCAGGUCGCUAAGGUGUCUCAGGUGGACGGGGAUAGCCCGGUUCGGUUCUCCUCAGAAACGUCUUUUUUGGUCGAUAAGUAUGAAAUACUGUAGAAGGAAACUACCCGCUUAUGUAAUUCCACCAAAUCUGACAGAAGAGCAGAUAAAUGGACUGAAAACAUUCUUUUAAUUCAAGACGAAGGGAGAGACAUACAAAUGGAGGUCUGAUGCAGUCUUUAUCAUCUUCAGCAGACUUUAUCAUCUUCAGCAGUACUUUAACAGAAUUCUUUCUCCACAAAAAGUGAAACUUUGACCGUUCUUUUCGCCCUUCCUGGCAGUAUUGGCUGUACUUUUACCAAAUUUGUUUCAUAAAGCAACUUUCUUCUUAAAUGCCAAACCAAUCAUGAUGUCAGUGAGGGUUUGGGCUGAACUGGAACUGGACCAGGAUGUGGAAGUGGGCAGGUGGGGGGCUCUGUUAAUUUGAGGUUCUUAUGGCAGGAAUGAUAUCAUUGAUGUGUUACAACAUUUGAAUUGGUGGUUGAUCCCACUGAACUGAUAACCCUUCUAAAAGGUUAAAUUCAAGUUGCCGGUGUAUUUUCUGUUUGUGGUUCUGCCGGGUUUGAUAUUCAUUUCUGCUGUAAAUGAACUUUAAAACACUAGAAGACAGGACUUCUUUUCUCUUAAUUCUCAGCUGAUCCACUGUUUUAAAUCAUAUCCUGAAAUUAAUCAUAAUUAUUGUUUUGUCCAUUUUUGUCAUCCAAGCUCCCUGUUUUCUCUAUCAUUAUGCUUUAGCUCAUGUUUUUGUCUACUGUAAAACAUGUUUAAGAAACCUGUUUGAUUUGUUUAACUCUUGACUGGUUUGCUAUUUUCAUGUUUUACAUCAUGCAGUGAUGUACGAAUGCGAAUCUUCCAUUUUCAGAUAUUCAAAACGUUGCUUCCUGAUAUCAGAAUAGGAGGUACUCCAAUCUGAGGCACUUUGACUUAUAAUUCAUGACUAAAUAUUUAUAGCCAAUUAUAAUGUGAGAAUGGAUUUCAUACUUAUAUUAGUCAAAUUCUAGACUUUACUAUGCUGAACACAGUGCAGGAGGAGGAAAUGUUUUAAAACGAGUUUUAAAGCAAGCUUUUCCUGGCAUAAUGGAUUUGUAUCAUGUUUUAUAUGAAAUGCUACAUGUCUGGACUUUGAUUCUAUUCAAACAUAAUUAAAUAGCAAGCCCCUGCCCCAUCCUAGGUGUGUUGUGUAUAGGACUCCUUGGUGGGGGGUCAAAAUGUCUUUUUUAGGAGGGACCCCAGGUUUCCAGUCAGUUGUCAAAGCCAUCAAGCCAAUCUCAUCCCCACUGAAGUGAACUGGCCCCACCUUCUUUGUUUGUUCCCAAUAAUAUUUUGAAUGUCUCUGCAUAGUUUGUUGGGGGAAGGACAUAUUAAAUGUUUUUGUUGUUUUUUGUUUAAGAUUUGAUGGAAUCAUAAUGUGGAUUCGGGAAUGGUAGAAAUACACCUCAGAUUUUUUUGUAACCUUGUAAAAUAAUAAAUUGGGGGUUCAUGACUAGUAACAUUCCAGUGUAAACUUAUUAAAAGAAAAUCAUUAAAGAGUUUAAAAAGA